UUACACGGCGAACAAUCGAUGCACGUCGCAACCUUUUCCUUUCCUUAUCCCGUUUAUAUAGUACGGCGACUUCCGCCCUUGCCGUUAAAGCAGUGCGAUCAUGGCGGAGCGCGUUCAGCAGCCCCCAGCUAAACGGCUCUGCUGCCGACCCGGGUAUAGUACGACAUGUAGACAGGGGCAGCGAGCCGGUGGAACAGUAUGCGGCGGUUCGGGUUCUGGCCAAGGGGGAUCCAGCAAAACCCAGAGCCCCGAAUCGCUUCUGGACAUUGCAGCGCGGAAAGUAGCGGAGAAGUGGCCGUUCCAACGGGUGGAGGAGCGUUUCGAGCGCAUCCCGGAGCCCGUACAGCGGCGGAUCGUGUACUGGUCUUUCCCCAGGAGCGAACGGGAGAUCUGCAUGUAUUCCUCGUUCAACACGGGCGGAGAGGAGAGCGCGUCCAGCGGGGAGAGCGUGGACGAGACGCGGUUACCGUUCCGACGCGGCAUCGCAUUGCUGGAGAGCGGCUGUGUGGACAACGUAUUACAAGUCGGUUUCCAUCUCAGCGGCACAGUAACGGAACCCGCCACGCCGUCCGAACCCGAGAUGGUGUGCAGCGUAGCCAUUAGCUUCGACCGCUGCAAGAUCACCUCCGUGACGUGCGGCUGUGGAAACAAGGACAUCUUCUACUGCGCCCACGUGGUGGCGCUUUCCUUGUACCGCGUACGGCGGCCCGAACAGGUCAAACUUCACCUCCCCAUCUCAGAGACUCUAUUCCAGAUGAACAGGGACCAGUUGCAGAAGUUUGUGCAGUAUCUCAUCACCGUCCACCACACAGAAGUUCUGCCCACGGCACAGAAACUGGCCGAUGAGAUUCUCUCCCAGAACUCUGAGAUCAAUCAAGUGCACGGGGCCCCGGACCCCACAGCGGGAGCCAGCGUGGACGAUGAGAACUGCUGGCAUUUGGACGAGGAGCAGGUCCAGGAGCAGGUCAAACUCUUCCUGUCCCAGGGGGGAUACCACGGCUCGGGCAAACAGCUCAAUCUCCUGUUUUCAAAGGUACGGGAGAUGCUGAAGAUGCGGGACUCUAACGGCGCUCGCAUGCUAACGCUGAUCACAGAGCAGUUCAUGGCCGACCCGCGGCUGGCUCUGUGGCGGCAGCAGGGAACCACCAUGACGGACAAAUACCGCCAGCUGUGGGAUGAGUUAGGUGCCUUGUGGAUGUGUAUCGUUCUGAACCCCCACUGUAAGACGGAACAGAAGGCCGCUUGGCUCAGGCAGCUCAAGAAGUGGAACAGUGUGGACGUGUGCCCCUUGGAGGACGGUAACCACGGCAACGAGCUGCCCAAUUUAACCAAUGCCUUGCCUCAGGGUGCUCACGGCAACCAAGAUUCGGGCACCCGGCCCCACCGGACGGUUUUCACGCGAGCCAUCGAGGCAUGCGAUCUCCACUGGCAAGACAGCCACUUACAGCACAUUAUCAACGACGACCUCUACACCAACUACUGUUACCAUGACAACACUGAAAAUUCGCUCUUUGACUCUCGCGGAUGGCCCCUGUGGCACGAACACGUCCCUACGGCCUGCGCCAGAGUAGAUGCACUGAGAUCUCACGGUUACCCACGGGAAGCACUGCGAUUGGCCAUCGCCAUCGUCAACACCCUGCGCCGGCAGCAGCAGAAACAGCUGGAGCUCUUCCGAAACCACAAGAAAGAUCUGCUUCAUAAAGGGGUGACGUCCAUCACUAAUUUAGAAGGAUGGGUCGGACACCCUUUGGACCCCAUCGGAACGCUCUUCAGCACGCUGAUGGAAACGGGUCGCGGGGAUGAAGACAGUUCGCAGGGAGGGUUCCUAGAUUUCUCAGCCAGCACAAUGAGCUCGAGCAAGCACAGCGAGCUGCACUUGUUUCCGUCCACGCGUCGAUUCCUGGAGGAGGGUGAGUCAUACCUGGCCCUGGCGGUGGAAACGGCCCUGAUGGGACUGGGUCAGCAGAGAAUCAUGCCCGACGGACUGUACGCCCAAGAGAAGGUGUGCCGCAACGAGGAGCACCUGAUCGCCAAACUGCAGGAAGUGGACCUGGACGAUACCCUGGUCAAGAUCUUCCGCAAGCAAGCUGUCUUCCUGUUAGAGGGUGGGCCCUACAGUGGUUUGGGAGAGCUCAUCUACAGAGAGAGCGUUCCGAUGCACACGUUUGCCAAGUAUCUCUUCACAUGCCUCCUACCUCACGAUGCCGAACUGGCGUACAAAAUUGCACUGAGAGCAAUGCGGUUACCAGUGUUGGAAUCCACGGCUCCUUCGGGCGACAUGUCCCGGCCUCACCAUAUAGUAUCAGUCGUCCCCAAUCGUUACCCGCGAUGGUUCACCCUCAGCCACAUCGAGUCCCAGCAGUGCGAGCUGGCCUCCACCAUGCUCACUGCAGCCAAAGGUGACGCUCGAAGGUUAGAGACAGUAUUAGAGUCCAUACAGAAGAACAUUCACUCCUCCUCUCACAUCUUCAAACUGGCGCAGGAUGCCUUUAAGAUAGCGACCCUCAUGGACAGUCUGCCGGACAUCACUCUGCUGAAGGUCUCCCUGGAGCUGGGUCUUCAGGUUAUGCGUAUGACGCUUUCGACGCUAAACUGGCGGCGGCGAGAGAUGGUACGAUGGCUAGUCACAUGUGCCACAGAAGUUGGGGUCUACGCACUGGACAGCAUCAUGCAGAGCUGGUUCACCCUCUUCACGCCCACCGAGGCCACGAGCAUCGUGGCGACCACGGUCAUGUCCAACAGCACCAUCGUACGGCUGCAUCUGGACUGCCAUCAGCAGGAGAACCUGGCGAGCAGCGCGCGGACGUUAGCCCUGCAGUGCGCCAUGAAGGACCCUCAGAACUGCGCGCUGUCGGCCCUCACGCUCUGCGAGAAGGACCACAUCGCCUUCGAGACGGCCUACCAGAUCGUGCUGGACGCGGCCACCACGGGCAUGAGCUACACGCAGUUGUUCACCAUCGCGCGCUACAUGGAGCACCGCGGCUACCCCAUGCGCGCUUACAAACUGGCCACGCUCGCGAUGGCCCACUUGAACCUGAGCUACAACCAGGACACGCAUCCCGCCAUCAACGACGUGCUGUGGGCGUGCGCACUCAGCCACUCGCUGGGCAAGAACGAGCUGGCCGCCAUCAUCCCCCUGGUGGUGAAGAGCGUCAAGUGCGCCACCGUGCUGUCGGACAUAUUGCGGCGUUGCACGCUGACCACGCCCGGCAUGGUGGCGCUGCACAGCCGCAGGAACUCUGGGAAGUUGAUGUCGUUGGACAAAGCCCCGCUAAGACAGCUCUUGGACGCCACGAUCGGGGCCUACAUCAACACGACGCACUCGCGGCUCACGCACAUCAGCCCGCGGCACUACAGCGAGUUCAUCGAGUUCCUCAGCAAAGCCAGAGAGACUUUCCUCAUGGCGCACGACGGACACAUCCAGUUCACGCAGUUCAUAGACAACCUGAAACAGAUAUACAAAGGCAAAAAGAAACUCAUGAUGCUCGUGCGAGAGCGCUUCGGCUAGCUUCGGCUAGAAAAAAAAAAAACAUUACGAACCACACCGGUAUUAUGUGUAUAGACUUAACGUUUGCGCAAAAAAAAAUGGAAAAAAAAGUGGAACGUUGUCAUGUUGUGGAAGUUUGUGUGUUUCCCCUUUAUUUGUGUGAAAGCGUGUGAGAGUAUGUCACCACGUUUCGGUUUACACUGAGUAUAUGUUGUCCAGUGGCGAAAGUCCACACAGCACUCCAGAUCUCUCUCUCUGUUUAACAUUCACAGCCUCAAAGUGAAGAAGAAAAAUGGCUUUAAACCAAACAACACCUCCAUCCUAAGUGACAAGUACCUCGUACGGCUUCAGCUUUACUCCUUCCUGAACCAGUCACACGUUACCAGUGUACUAAAGAAGUGUUAGAAACGAGAAAAACAGAAACACGUCUCCAUUUUGUUUUGUUUAAAUUCCUUUUCAGGCUAAUUGCGUGGCUUUGCAGUGCUGUUUCGUCCAAAAGCAUGUCACACACACACACGCUUCUCAACCCCAUUGUGCUUGCGCUUGUGGAAACUUAGCGACUGUCGACAUACAUCUCAGGGAUUCUCUUUGAAAAAAAGGAAAAAAAAGAAGAAAAAAAAUGGUCAUGAAAGAAUGAGAGCAUUUUAUUGUACUGUAUAUAUGAUAGUAUAUGUCUGAAUAUUGAAAAAAUGUAUACGUUAACUAAUUUAUAAAAAGAAUAUUCUAUGUAAUGCAAAAUACUUGAAGCUGCAGUACCUUGGUCUGAAAUAAAACAUAUCAGAGGGACUAAACGCGAGCCUCGGGCUGUGUUCGGAACGCAAGGCUAGCGCGCUGCAUACUGCGCGAGAAGUAGUGUGCGAAACGGAAACGGUAGGCAUUAUUCACCUGACGUCGCAUGUUUUUAAUUCAGUUCGUCUUGGUUGCUUUUCACACUUAAUCUGCAUUGCACAGUAUGCAUACUACACACUGCAGCCGCAGUAACAGUACGCUAGCGUUCUAUUCCGAACACGGCCGCGCUGUCGGGGCUGGAAUCGGGCAGUGAACCUGUGUGGCGUUGGCGUAGACACGAGCGCACAGGGCACCGGUGGUUUGGACGGACACCCAGUGAACCGGAGCAGCAAGCCUUAGCAUUAAGAAUUGGGAAUGCAAGAAUCGCAGGCCCACGUGCCUCAAAAAAACGCCUAGAAAUGUAGAUCCAACAGUAUCGAUGUUAACGCAAACAUGCCGAGCGAUUGGCCUGACGCUCUUGUUUCUUUCCACAAUAAUCGAGUCACGACGAAACUCCAUUUUUAUGCACAAUAACAUGUACAUGCCUAUCUGCUGACAUCUUAACUUUGUGCAAGACAGAAAGUUGCUGUGUAGGUCUGACUGUUCAAACGUUUUUCUUUUGUUUUUUGUUUCUUUGGUUUUGUCGUUCCUGUAGGAUUCCUCAACGAAACGAAAACAGCCUUCUUUCUUGCCUUGUCUUAACGCUUUAAAAUAACCAAACUGGAGUUCUAACUACCAAACUUGUUCGUUAAAAAUGAAAGCCAACCAACUUUGGUUACAACUUUACUGUCUUUAAUUUUAGCUGAAUGGUAUUCUGUGCUUUAAAAAGCAGGUUUCCUAUGUUUUUGGUGCAAAAACGUUGUCGAGUGUCCCCUUCCUUAGAGGUAUGUCUGUAGCUCUUUUUCUUUUCUUUUUUCUUUUGUUCGUUUAGAAACAGAAAUAUCAUUUUUUUUCUCUCCAUUUUAUUUAUUAUAAAAGGUAAACGAUUGUACUUCUUCACCCGUGUCAACAUUCUCAUGAAGUUGAAUUUAAGAUUUGAUACACCGAUAUCAAUUUAUUUAUGUAACUAAAUCACUGUUUUAUAAACUUGUUAAUGAUUCAACAUUUUUGUUUUAAUUAAAAUUAGUUUUUUGAGAGGAAGCAAA